UGCAGACAGGUGUGCGUCAGUGUGCAGAGAGAAAAGUGAGCCUCAGACAGACAGGUGUCCUCACACAGACAGGUGUCCUCACACAGACAGGUGCAGCAUGGACCGGAGGCUGCAGCUCUUCCUGCUGCUCUCGGUCAGCAGUGCUGCCGCCGUGCCGCUGAGCAAGGCAGCAUCCGGGCAGAGGAACCGGCUGCUGCUGAUUUCAUUCGACGGCUUCAGGUGGGACUACGACCAGGACGUGGACACCCCUCACCUGGACCAGCUGGGGAAGGACGGGGUCCGUGCCAAGUACAUCACCCCCCCCAUGCUCACCAUGACCUCCCCCUCUCACUUCACCACCGUCUCCGGCAGAUGGGUGGAGGACCACGAGGUCGUCCACAACAUGAUGUUCGACGCCAAGACGAACUUGAAGGUCCCUCACCGGCAGACGCUGACCCGGUCUGAGUGGUGGGAUAACGGGGUCCUGCCGCUCUGGAUCACAGCCCAGAACCAGGGUCUGAAGACCGGCUCCUUCUACUUCCCGGGCGGCGCCGCUAACUACAGCGGGCAGGCGGUGAACCGGGUGGUGGUGGAGGAAACGCGCCCCGCCAACGAGACCGAGUGGAAGCAGAACAUCGACACAGUGCUGAGCUGGUUCUCCGAGGAGGACUUCCACCUGGUCACACUGUACUUCGGAGAGCCGGACCGGGUGGGCCAUGCCAAAGGCCCCGACCACCCCGACAGGAAGUCCAUGAUCCGGCAGAUUGACCGCACCAUCGGAUACCUGCGGGAGGCCAUCGACCGCCAGCACCUGAGCGACAGCCUGAACGUCAUCCUCACCUCCGACCACGGCAUGACCACGGUGAAGAAGCGUCCGCAAGUGGAGGAGAUAGUCCUCAACAAGUACCUGAACCUGAUCCAGCUCGCCAGCUUCGAGAUCCUUGACUAUGGCGGGUUCGGCAUCCUGACGCCGCGGCCCGGGAGGGAGCAGGACGUGUUUGACGCUCUGUCCAAGGCUCCCAAUCUGACGGUGUACAAGAAGAACGAGUUCCCAGAGAACUUCCAUCUCGCCAAGAGUGAGCGGCUGCCGUCCAUCGUGGUGGUCGCCGAUCUGGGAUUCAACCUGAACUCCAGGUUAAUCGUGUACGUGAAUAAAGGCGACCACGGCUUCCAUAACGGCGAGAUGGACAUGAAGACGAUCUUCUGGGCCUUGGGACCCGACUUCAAGAAGAACUUCCUGUCGGAGCCGUUCGACAGCAUCCACAUCUACCCUCUGAUGUGCAAAGUGCUGCAGAUCGAGCCGGCGCCGCACAACGGCUCUCUGAGCGUCACGGAGAAGCUGCUGCUGCAUGGAGGGUCCCAGAGGAAUGGUGUGUCCGUCGGUCUGCUGCUGACGCUGCUCUGCUCGCUCUCCCGGCUCUAACAUUAUUUAUACACAAUAACAUUCUGUUUCUAUUUUAUUGAUGUCCUCUUUAUAGCGAUGCAUCUAAUAACUGUGGGUGUGAAUGUCGGCUUUAUGCAAAUUUCUCAAAUAAACAUUAAGAUUUAUGGAUCAGGACUUUUCCUUUUGAGAAUA